GAGGGGGCUCUGGCCGAUCGCAGCGCAGGGCACGGCAAAGCCAGGCAGAGGCGAGCAGAACCGAGCUGGGCAGAGGUUAGCAGAGGCAGACAGGGCAGGAGAAGGCUAGAACGGUGUCAGAAGGGACCGGACCGGACCAUACCGGGCUCAGAGCGCAGGGAGCAGGGCGCACAGCCAGCAGCAGCAGCGGCCAGAGCCAAGCCCACAGGCCACUUUCAGCUUUCAUUCCUAUGAACCUCCAUGUUUUAUGAAUGAGAAAGUUACAUGGCUUGGAGCAUUUAACAGAAAGGGCUGGAUUUGGAGCUGAAGGACCUGGGUCCAAUCUUACCUCUGCUUUACCUGUGUGACCUUGGGGCGUGUCAGUGAGGAAGGAUGGGGUCCGGCUGCAUCAAAGUCACCAAGUACUUUCUCUUCCUCUUCAACCUGCUUUUCUUUAUCUUGGGAGCCUUGAUUCUCGGGUUUGGAAUAUGGAUUCUGACUGACAGAAACAGCUUCAUCUCUGUUCUACAGACCUCAAGCAUCCUGAAGACUGGGGCAUACAUCUUCAUCGGGGUUGGGGCUGUGACCAUGAUUAUAGGCCUCCUGGGUUGUGUUGGUGCAGUCAAUGAGAUUCGAUGCCUCUUGGGGCUGUACUUUGCUGCCCUCCUUCUUAUCAUUGUGGCCCAGAUAACAGCUGGAGUCCUUGUCUAUGUCCAUUCAGAUAAGCUGAAGGAGGAGAUAAGCACUACAGUGCUCGAUCUGAUUUCAGACUACGACCCUGACAACCUCGAACAGAAAGCUGCUCAGGAUGCCUGGGAUUACGUACAAUCACAGGUGAGAUGCUGUGGCUGGAGCAGCUACUUUAACUGGACAACUAACAUCGACCUCAUGAACAGGACGACGAUCACCUAUCCUUGUUCCUGUAGCAAUGCUUCAUUACCUGAUGUGAAGGAGGAGGACUUGUUCAGGAAUGGCUUCUGCACGGUCUCCAACAAUACCCAGACCAAUGAUCCUGAGAAAUGGCCUGUUUACUCCGAGGGCUGCAUGGAGAAAGUUGAGAAGUGGCUACGGGACAAUCUUGGCAUCAUUCUCGGAGCCUGUGUUGGAGUGGCUGUCAUUGAGCUCCUGGGGAUGACGCUGUCCAUCUGCCUGUGCCGGCACGUCCACUCGGAAGACUACAGCAAGGUCCCCAAGUAUUGAGAUGGCCCUGACUGCCUCCCGUCCCACCCUCCUGCCAUGCAGGGCUCUGGACGUUCUUGCUUUCUUGGGAGCCCCCGCAGCUCCCAGCAAAUUAUAUCCCCCCCCUCCCUCAUUUGUGGCCUUCCCCCAAAUCUGGAGGCUUCAGACCCCAGGCUUCUUCUGUGGGCCUUUGUCUGAGGAGGCUCCCCUUGCUUCCACCGGCCUGAUCCCUUCCUGCCUGGUCUGUUUUCAGAACUCUCAGACAACGGCUUGGAAAGGUUUUGUCUUCCUGUUCUGGUUGGAGAUGGAGAGUCUACUGUCAUCUUUUAUUUCUCUGGCCCCCCUUGACCCUCGGCUCUGUCCUUUCCCAUGUCCCCUUUCUUCCUUACUGCCUUUCAGAGCUUUCUUAUUGAUACAAAGAAAUUGAUUUCCUUCACACUCCUAACCAGCCACAGUUUGGCAUGGGCUAUUCAGAAGAAUGGACAGCCGCUUUUCCUUCCCACAGGCUAGACUGGAAUCCCAUUGCCUUCUUCCUCCUCCCUGGGGGCACCACAAAAUAGGGCUUGUGGACAGGGGCUGCCAAAGGGCCAUCCACAGCUAUCUCAGGGGUUACUCUUGCAAGGAUGGGCUGACUUUUCUCCAAUGUGACCCUACUGUUGAGUUCCUAUCUUGUCAUUUAAGGCCCCCUGCUCAGGGCCUGGAGGCCCAGGUUACCACCUGACACCACCCGAGCAUCACCAUUGUGCUAACUCAGCUGGAAGAUGUGCCAUUGGCCAAGACCUGGUACAAACCCAAUGGGGGUCACAGCUGUGUGAUCAGAGAUAGGCCUUGGCAGUCAAAAAAAGGUUUACUCCCUUGGUGCUGCUGAAUAACAGGUCUCACCAACCUAGCACCCCAACCACAAGAAUAGGAGAAAGAGGGUCCUGGCUUCAGGGAGAAAUCUGCCUUCCUUACAUGGUCUACAAAUAUGACUAUUUAGGGGGCACCUGGGAAGACAGCAGUGGCUGGCUAUGAGUGUGUACAUAUGUGUAUGUGUGUAUGGGGAGAGGGAUGAUGGGAGGGAGGGAGGGGUAGACCCUGGGUCCCAAAAGUAGCACGGGAACAAAAUUAGCCUGAAGUUUCUAUAAGUAGUAGCUUCCUGGGGAAGCAGGAAAUAAAUUGGCUUACUUCUCUAAGAAGCUAGGUCCCCUUUUCAGGCAGCAGCUUCCCAGAGAGAAGGCCCAAUGCCUUGGGGUGGAGGUAGGAAUGGGGAAGUCCCACCUGUACAGACCUGAGAAACUCAGAACUAGACAAAAGGUAGAGAGCUCAGAAAUAAAGUGGAUUUGUAACAAA